AUGGCGUAUAAGUGCGACUGUAAAAUUGUAAUUAAAGCGGAAUUAGGUAGUACUCAAUUUAUGGAUGCAAACUUUGAUGAUGUUUUACUCGAAAUGGCGUUCGAGUGGGAUGAGUAUUACGUUCAAACAUGUGGAUUAUGUGAAACUAUAUGCAACGAAGAUGAAGUAUCGAGACAUAAAUGUCUUGAAGGAUACUCUAAUUUUAUAACAGAUAAAAAUUUGUAUUUUUAUCCUGUAUUAGAUAAUGGAGUAACUGUUGUACGAAAAAGUUUAGUCCAAGGCGCUGAGGUUAUAGCAGCUGCACCUUUUCAUGAAGAUAAUCAAGAAAAUAUUGACCUCACGACUAAUUAUAAUAAAAAUACAAAUCGAAAGAAUGCCAAAGAAAAAUUAUCACCUGAUGAGGAAGAAAUAUUAAUAUUAGAAGUUCAAUAUAGGCAACCAUUGUGGAAUUACAAAUUAUCUCUGGCUCAAAGAAAUGAGAAAAUCACAAAAGCUUUGUGGGAAGAAGUUUCUAAGGCUUUGAAUGGCAAAUUAAGUGGAACUGGAUGCAAAGCGAAAUUAAAAAAUCUUCACGACACUUAUAGAAGACUUAUAAAUUUUGAAAAACUGCCAAGUGGAUCUGCUUCUAAAAAUAUUAAUAAAUGGAGGCAUUUUAAUGCUAUGAAUUUUCUUCAAGAUUCCUGUCUACAAAAAAGUACUGUUUUCAACAUUAAUGAUGAUGAGAAUAGCAGCAGCAAUGUUGGUGACAUUAAUGAAGACAGUCUAGAUACAAAUACAUCAGGAGAUACAAUAAGCCAACCACUUCCUAAUCUUGUUGUUCCACCACCACCUGUAGGAGACUAUAUUGAUGCUGUGGCGAUCACGCCACUCUCGCAGCGCGCCUGAGCUAAUGCGCUCACGGCGUACACCGAUGCGUCAACCGACGUGCGCUCACCGCCCACGCCGCGAGUCGCCAGCGGAGCAGUGCGCGGCGCAGCCGAUAGAGCGGCCGCGGCACUCCGGAGUGAGAUGCAGCGGCCCGGCUAUAUAAAGACUACCCGCAGCGCUGAAGAAUAAUCUAAAAUUAAGAUUCUCAGAGAGAAUAGCUUGAGACAAGAUAUUCUCUGUACUCUCUUUUGUUUGUGACUGGGCUCCACUUCGGAGUGUGCUCGUCCGAGACGAUCUCGGGCCUCCUUAUCGGAGUGCGCUCGCACCAGGGCCUCCUUAUUGGAGUGCGCUCGCACCAGGGCCUCCUUCUUGGAGUGCGCUCGCACCAGGGCCUCCUUCUUGAAGUGCGCUCGCACCAGGGCCUCCUUCUGGGAGUGUGCUCGCACCAGGGCCUCCUUCUGGGAGUGUGCUCGACGGCAGCAUCCUGCCGCGUAGAAGGAAGGACAACCGGCCGGCUCGGCCAGCAGAGCGGCCAUCAUCCCGGACUAAGGACAUCAGGACACCAAGGCUCGAUCCAGGGGAAACCAGGCUACCAUGAAAGCUAAUCACCUGGGAUCUUUUGCCGAUUCCACGGAGUAACAGGACUCCAUGAUUCCUUCAGAAUACCAUAGGGACACAGACUACGCCGACCCGACCGAAGGCCGACGCCAGCUAUCAGGCCAAGUCUCCCGGUGGUUCCGACGACUCCUGGCCCAGCACACCAUCCGGGAAGCCAUUGACUCCACGGGCUCCACAGAAGAAGUCUCGCAGCAACCACACUAGGGUCCGGGUGAAGCCGCAGGACCUUUACAAGGAAUUCGUGGCCUCGUUGUAAACGCCAUUCAGCCAACGUGGGACAACCGCCCUUUUCAGGGCGACCAAAGAACUCCACGCGGUGGAACAUCUCAAGUGAGGAAUAACACACACGCACACAUGAUACCAACUAACCCCCACAGAUGCAUUCUUAAAAUUAUUUGAAUAUAAUUUAAGAAAAUUAUCGCCAGAGAAACAAGAUGAAUGGAUACAGCGAUAUUUACAACAGUCUUAUGAAAUGUUAAAAGAUUAGAAUGUUUAGAUAUUUGUUCAUUAUGAAAUAGUUUAUUAAUAGUUUGAUAUUUGCAAAAAUAUAAUGUUUAAUUAUAAAAAUAAAAUUUAAUUCUAAUAA